GGGAGAGAUGGGUCCGUCUUGCAAGGGCUACGAGGUAGGGGUUUGGUUUAUAAGGUGGCAAUGGUAGUAAUGGUGGGGGGAAAGGGCGUUUGGGCUCAAGACACGCCUGCGUGCGCAGCGAAGCUGGUACUGUGCUACGACUACCUAAAUAAUAGCAAGCCACCCGAUUCGUGCUGCAAUCCGUUCCGGGAGGCGGUACAAAACGAGCUACAAUGCCUCUGCAACCUCUACUCCAGCCCCGACCUCUACAAAUCUUUCCGCAUCAACCUCACCCAAGCUCUCGAGCUUCCCAAGCACUGCGGCAUCAACUCCACCCUCGAUCGCUGCAACACCAAAGGAGCUACAGUACUGAAAUUCCCAAAGGACCCGUAUCCGAGAGAGAGAGAGAGAGAGAGAGAGAGAGAGAUGGGUCCGUUUUGCAAGGGCUAUGAUGUUGGGGUUUGGGUUAUGACGGUGGCAAUGGUAGUAAUGGUGGGGGGAAACGGCGUUUGGGCUGAAGACGCGCCUGCGUGCGCAGCGAAGCUGGUACCGUGCAGCACCUACCUAAACGUUAGCAAGCCACCCGAGUCGUGCUGCAGUCCGUUACGGGAGGCGGUACAAAACGAGCUACCAUGCCUCUGCAACCUCUACUCCAGCCCUGACCUCUUCAAAUCUUUCGGCAUCAACCUCACCCAAGCUCUCGAGCUUCCCGAGCACUGCGGCAUCAACUCCACCAUCGAUCGCUGCAACACCAAAGGAGCUACAGCCCCACCCGGUACCCCUACUCCAGUGGUAGUUUAG